CCUGCCGGUCAUGAUGGCCAGAAAACAGACCAAAGAGGAACCAAAUUUUUAAUAAUCAAAUUAAAACCUAAUUUAAGAGCUAUUUGGCCGACGGGAAUUUUAUUUUAUAGUAAACGAAGCGUUAGCUCAGAGGAAAAGUGUUAUCUCAGUCCACCAAGCUCGCCAUGACUCCGCAUGAAGAGGAAACUCGGAUGCUACCGAUAGCAUGAUGGAGUCAACUUCAGAUCAAGAAGCAGCUUGGCACACCUGUGAUCACCUGCCUCCUGAUCAUGGUGAUGAUGACAACCAGCAAUUUGACACCACCAAUAGCCGGGCCACAACCUCUUGUAGUGAUGAUGAUGAUGAUGUCACUUACGGGAGCAAUGAACAAGAAGAAGAGGAUGCUGCAUCAAAACUUACAAGAUCAGAUUUUAAUAAUUUGAACCGAGAGAAACCAUUGUUUUCCAGUGGUGCGGAACAUUCUGGGGGAUGUGUUCCUUUAAAGCUGUGCGAUGGAAGUGAAGACAGUGUCCCCUACACUAUUAACAGAUACCUGAGGGAUUACCAGCGAGAAGGCAUUAGGUUCAUUUACAGUAACUAUAGCCAUUCGAGAGGAUGUAUCCUGGGGGAUGACAUGGGCCUUGGGAAGACCGUGCAGGUUCUUGGUUUCCUUGCAGCAGUGUUGCACAAAAAAGGAACUUGGGAUGAUAUUGAGAGCAACAAGCCUCACUUUCUGCAGAGCCAGAGCCCAUCCAAGCAGAGGAAGCCAAAUGAACUUUUCCUGAUUGUGGCCCCGCUGUCAGUGCUGUAUAACUGGAAAGAUGAACUGGACACUUGGGGCCACUUCCAGUACACGGUGGUCCACGGGCUGAGGAAACAGGAGGCGCUGGCUCGCAUCAAGAAGGGCCGCGUGGAGAUCGCGCUCACCACCUACGAGACUCUUCGUCUCUGCUUGACUCAGUUUAAUAACAUCAACUGGUCCGCUGUGUUUGUAGACGAGGCACACAAGAUAAAGAAUCCAAACUCUCAAAUCACUCAAGCCAUGAAGGGUCUCAAAUGUCAGAUCAGAAUUGGCCUAACUGGCACCAUCCUUCAGAACAACCUUGAGGAGUUGUGGUGUGUCAUGGACUGGGCCGUCCCUGGCUGUCUUGGCUGCCUGGGGCAUUUUAGGAAGAAAGUGUCAGAGCCAAUUGAGCAAGGCCAGAGACACAGUGCAACCAAGCGAGCCUUAGCGACAGCGAGGAAGACCAUCAGGGACGUGGUGAGGAAGAUUUCCCAUUGCUUCCUCCAAAGGACCAAAACACUGAUCGAGGACCAACUGCCCAAGAAGGAUGACAGGGUGGUCUAUUGCUCUCUGACUGACUUUCAGCAGGCGGCCUAUCAAACUGUGCUGGACUCUGAAGAUGUGCAGUUGCUUCUGAGAUCUUCAGAGAAAUGUGACUGCCAAAGUGGACGUGCUCGAAGGAGAUGCUGCUAUAAAACAAACUCUGAGGGCGUGCCAGCCAAGACAAUGUAUUUCACUUACCUGGCCCUACUGAGGAAGGUUGCCAGUCACGUGGCACUGCUCCAAUCGACCGCAGGCACCAGUAAGAAACAGGAAAAGUGUGUGAGCGCCAUUUGUCAAAAGGUGUUCCAGAAGUUUCCAGACUUUGUGCAGAGGUGCAAAGACGAAGCGUUUGAGGCCCUGUCUGACCCAAUGUAUAGCGGCAAAAUGAAGGUUUUGCAGAAACUCCUCAGAUUCUAUCUGCAAAAGAAAGACAAGGUGCUACUUUUUUCACUCUCAACUAAGCUCUUGGACGUGUUGGAGAGCUACUGCAUGGCCGAGGGUCAUGACUACAGAAGAUUGGAUGGGACAACGAAAGCCAAAAAACGAGUCGACAUCGUCAAGGAGUUCAACACCGCCACUCACAUUAACCUCUGCCUGGUUUCCACAAUGGCGGGUGGUCUCGGUCUCAACUUUGUAGGGGCCAAUGUCGUGAUAUUAUUUGACCCAACUUGGAACCCAGCCAAUGACCUCCAGGCUAUCGACAGAGCGUAUCGCAUUGGCCAGUGCAGAGACGUGACUGUUUUUAGGCUAAUCUCAUUGGGGACUGUGGAGGAAAUUACCUACCUCAGACAAGUCUACAAACAGCAAUUGCAGAGCUCUGUUGUUGGCGUGGAGAGCGCGCGGCGGUACUUUGAUGCGGUGCAGGGAACCCAUAAGGGGGAACUGUUUGGGAUCAAUAACCUCUUCAGGCUGCAGACCCAAGGCACAUGCCUCACCCGCAAGUUACUAGAGCGCGAAGGACAAGUGGAGGCGGGCGUUAUGACAACCAGCACACACACAAACGUGGAGGCGGUGGAUGAGGAGGAGAAGAGGCACAGCGUUGGCGGAGCUGGAGAUGCAUCCAAGGAGAGCAUGGGUGCAUCCAAGAUCCCCAAAGAGCUGCUGGACUUCAGUAGCGGGAGUGAUGAUGAUGUUGAAGAGGACCGGGGAAACCCCAGUGGAGCGAUUGGCACAAGGAGAAUGGAUUCCCCUGCGGGGCCUGGUCCAAUCAGUCUCAUCCAGCACGGUUUCGGCACACUGGUCCAAAGGUUUCAAGCCAUGCCGGAGUCAGGUGAAGGGGACAGUAGUUCUGGUGGUGAAGGGCAUGCUAAAGGGGAAUCCCAAGAGACAAACAGUUCGGGCUCCGAAGACUCCAUUAUCAAGAAUAAUGUUCACCCUAAACUGGGAAGAAGCAUGCUACAGAAUGGGAAUACAAAACCAGGCCAGACAUCAUGUAGGACCAAUUUAGAGGCAAAUUACAAGGAGAGUGAUAGAAGCUCCAAAAAUCGGAUGCAUCCCAAAUCACAUUGCUUUGACCAUAUUUCCGAAGAGUCUGAUGAUUUGGACAUUGAGACGCUCACACGGUCAAAGGGUGAUUCCCUGAAUUCUCACCGUAGAGCAAUACGCAAAAGACAAGAAAGAAGAGGACACCGUGGAAAAAGAAACAUGACGAGAGGAGCCAUAUUCACUGAGGACAUCGAGACGUUCACAACUUCAGAGGACGAGAAUAGCGCAAGUUCAGAUAAAGCCAAAGCAGGGGUCGCAAAAGAUCGUCAAGGAUCCCGAACAAGCACUGGUAGACGAGAGGACGCUUCAUUCACUCAUGUGAAAAGUCAAACAUCUCCAGCAUCCAAAGGAACCAUUGACACUGUUUUAGGUGCGGUGCAGGAGGUGGCGUACACCCACUCCAACCAGCGUGUGGUGGGCGGGAGCAAAGCUGAGGAGCUGAUCAGUAGAGCCGCAGUGAAGGACGUGUUUGAGCGCAAGAUGUACUCUCAACUCCCUGCAAAUCAACUGCUUUACCCUUACGAGCAGAGCUUGCCAGAAAGCCCACCCGACCGCCAGCCUCGCCUCACUCCCGACAUCCCGCAGCAGCUUUCUGAUCCUCACCCUGUCACCAUCACCAAGAGCAUCGUGCAGCGCACCAGAUGUAACACCUUCAUCCUGGGGGAGACCCCUCUCGGAGUGCGCAGGCAGCAGCUGCAGGAGAUGGCGUCCAAGUUUAAUUUCCCCUCGGCCCAACAGUUCGCCGCUGAUGUUCUGAGAAGCGACUCGACUCAAAGGCUAGCGUGGCUCAGAAGCUAUUACGCCACUCUCAGCCACCCUGAACUCGCCAGCUUCGUCACCAGCAACUUAUUGCCAUCUGAUGGAGCUCAGACCCUAUCUCCCAAAACCACUGGGACCAGAAGGCCUAAAUCCAACCAGAAGAGUCGGGAGCCCGUGAAGAAGAAACGGCUAUCGCAGAAGAAUGUGCGUGAGCCUCAGAGUGAUGUUCCAAGUCUGGAUCCUGAGGAGCAGGAGGAGGCAGUCAGCUGUGUGAGAGGUCAUAGGAAGACAAAGAAGGCUAGUGUGUCUAGACCUGUUUGUGGUCAUGGUGUGUGUGAGGCCAGCAGCAGUAGUUGUCUGGACCCUCAGGAGAUGGCAGAUAUUCCCCUUAACAUGGAGCAAAACUUGACUACAAAUGUUAAAAAACAUUCCCAGGAUGUUCCCCCUCAAGAACAGAACUGCAUUCUCACUGAACUCUUGGGCGACACCUCCAUCCUCGAUGACUUAUUAAAACCCAAAUUCAAGGGUUCCUCACCAAAAAGAUCCACCUCGGUCCGAGCCUCUCCUUGUCCAUCUAGAAGCUCCCUUAACAUCAACAACUCAGAUACAUGUGACUCUUUUCCUACACAACAGACUCAACUGAGGAGAGGCCGCAAAGACUUCUGGGACAUUCUGAACGAGGGCAAUGAAGAGAGCAUCAACAGGCUUACAGACCUGGAUGAGGUGCAGAGGGUUUGCGUCAACACCAAUUUGGCAGCUCGACCUCACUCUGUGGAGGAGAACAAAAGUCUCUGGAAGACCAACGACAGGUUUCUAUGGAAGAAAUAAUACUGUCCAACAAAAAGCACGCAUCUCCAAAGGUUGUCUUUCUAUUGUUUUUAUCCCAAAAGCCACUGUCGGGCUGUAGAUUUGCUACUUGGCCCUUCAAUGGGGACUUACCCGAUUUCCAGAUCGUUACCGAUGUGUUUUGGUAGACAAACUAGGUUGUAAUGAGUUUUGCUCUGACCAACUGAUCAACAGAUGGAAAUAUGCUGAUGAAUUUGAAAUUUGAUUAUUUAAAGAAACAGCCCCAUUGUAAAUAUACAAGAGGCAGUCAAAAGGUAAUGAGCUCAGUUUAAUCUAACCUACUCGGAAUAUUUUUUUCCCUGAAAUUUUCAUGGUUUGGAGUUUAAAUAAAUAUGAAGUUUUUUUUGUUUUGUUUUGUUUUUUUAAAAGUUAGUUUUGUUUAAGCCUGUCUUCUUCCUCUCAAUCAUUUUGGAAAUGACGUCAUUGUUGGAUGCCCGUCAGAAGUAGAGAGCUGUGAUUGAAUUUGUUGCUUCUACUACUCAACAUUUUCAUACAUUUCAUCAAUGGUGACUCUUUGAUCUUCUCUGAUCAGUGCCUCGACCCAAGCUAGCACUAUUUUCAGGAUUAACUGCUGAAGAUGGUCUUUCGUUCCUUUGCAUGUUACAGAGGUCACUUAAAGAUCUGUUUUUCUUCGCCUUUGAUCCAGGACACCCACUUUCAUUUCCAAAAUGGCUGACAGGAAUUGGACAGGCUUAAAGAAAACAAUUUAUAAUUUUUUUUUUUUUUUAAAUAAAAUAAACCGUCAAAUAAGUAUUGAAACUAAAAGCAUUGAAAAUUUCAUGACAAAAAUCAAUUGUUGGUUAAAUGAAAUUGGGCUCAUUAAUGUUUGACUGCACCUCAUAGUUGAAUCUCCUAGCACUACUGAUUCUGAAGGCCCCGGGCAAAUUACAUUGAAAAAGCAGCACACAGAGGCAGAAAUCCUAUUAUAAUUAAAAAAUCUUACAACCAAAUACAGUACAUGUGCUGGAAGCAGCACAGUUAAGAGAAAUUAAAUGAAGAGUAUUGAGUAUUAAGAAUAAAUUAAGACCGUUUCAUGGGACAACUAUUAUAAUUUACUUUGUAAAUGCAGGUUAGUGCUUCUGCUAGUGCUUAGGUGAGCAUAAUAGCCCUUAUCUCCCAGUCCCACAGACUGUGAAAAACCACAUAAAUAGUUUUUGGGGUGUGUUUCGGAUAAAAAUGUCAAGGAAUAUAAUUGAAGUUACAAUCUCAUCAUUACAUCCUUUUAUUUGUACAUGUUUUUAGUCAUUUCUUUUUACUAAAAGUCAAUUUUCUCAUUUUUAAAUGCUUUUUUAAUUUUUGGAGAUUGUCGCUCAUUAACGAAAAUGUAUUGUUGAUUUUUACUUGAAUAAACAUUGAUUUAGGUUUUGUCACUUUUUGUAUGAUGUUGCGUGCCGCCUGUUCCAGCUGAUUUUCUCUCUGUGCAUGCAAACAAACUUGUUGCGUGAAAAGCAUGUAUUUCAAAAUUUUCGACACUUUUUGUUUAUCCUAUGUAAAAAAUAUUUAAAGAUGUGUGAUUUAGAAAUAAAAAGCCAUUGGUUAGUGAUGAACGGGAACACAGUCAAUUUUGACAAUUUAAUGGUUCUAGUUGUCAUUAGCCACAUCCACUGCCUGCUCCAGCUGGACAAGCUUUUUCAUAGAAAAGUUGAACUUCUUUUGUACUAAUAAGGUCAGCAACAGGUCUGUGGUGUUGUUUCAACGUACCUGAUUGUGAUGUCAAAUGGAUGAUUUGGCAAGGGAAGCCUUCCAGCUGUGAGUAUUAGUCAUUGCAGUAACCAGAUACUCAGACCGCCUCUCCUGGUAUGUUGGUGGCCAAGCAGUGAUAAUAUGUAAAAAUAAAUGGCUGUACAUCUAAAAUCUCACUCAUGUCCCACUUUUAUCCUGAAGGGGACACAAAGUGCUAUGGAAAAUGUACUUCUAAAGUGCCUGUAUACCUUAAGAGUGAAAGUAAAAAGGCAAGUCAAUAUUU